AUGGCAGGGUUGCCUCCGAAAGUAUAUCAGUCCUACACCCUUCCUCAACCAGAGACCGGAACUCUGAGAAAGUCCCUGAAUUACAAAGAAUACGACAUCGUUAUGGCACCACGGGUUGCAAUCGUCUUUUAUUCUCUCUACGGCCACCUGCAAAAGCUGGCCGAAGCCGAGCAGAUCGGUUUACAAAAAGUCGGAAUCAAGGCUGAUAUUUUCCAGAUAGCAGAGACACUGCCCGCAGAUGUUCUAGUCAAGAUGCGGGCAGGGCCCAAAUCCGAAUAUCCAAUCGCCGAGGCAACAGCGCUCGAGCAGUAUGACGCAUUUUUAUUUGGGAUACCUACGCGUUUUGGAAAUUUUCCUGCCCAAUGGAAGGCAUUUUGGGAUGCUACUAGUCAUCAAUGGUCGUCCGGGGGUUAUUGGGGCAAGUAUGCAGGCCUAUUCAUCGGGACUGCAACCCAGGGUGGGGGCCAAGAGACGACUGCAAUUGCAGCCAUGUCAACUCUAGUCCAUCACGGCAUGGUGUAUGUCCCUCUCGGAUAUAAGACCACCUUCGAUCUACAGUCUGGUCUGUCUGAGGCCAGAGGCGGUAGUCCCUGGGGAGCUGGAACCUAUAGUGGGAUUGAUGGCUCUCGACUUCCAUCGCAGCUAGAGCUUGAUAUGGCAGUCACGCAGGGUGAAUCCUUUGGGAAAACGAUUUCCAAAGUGACCUUUGCGUAA